AUGUCCUCAUUAAUCAAGAAACUCUUUUCAUGGGGGCAAAGUAAGGACGAUCCAAAUAUCUUAAAUACAAGCAUUUCAGGACCUCCAUUGUUUUCUGGAUAUUUUAUUCCUGAAUCUAAAAUUUUACAACAAAAUUCUCAAAAUAAUAUGCGAGUUUAUGUGGAUGAAUGUAUUCAGGUUGGCGAACCAUACUUCAGGAGAGUAAAUCAGUCCCAAGAAUGGUCACCACAAAAUAAUAAUCAAGAAAAAGGAACAGAAGCAAACAAUUUAGCAAAUUCAUCAACAUCAACAUCAUCAGUAGGAUAUAGAUUAUACGAAACAUAUCAAAGAAUUACAAAAGAGGAACAAGAAAAAUCUCAAAAUUCUCAAUCUUCAAAGAAAGACGGUCAUUCAGGCGUUUCUGGUUCGAAUGAUUCAUCUUCUAAGCCUUCUGGUGGCUUGCAGAUCAAACCAAAGGGUAUUUCUUUGGCUGGACCUAAAUUAGGUGCCAAAUCUGACGAUGGAAAGCCAAAGCUUGGUCUAUCGCUUAGCCUUGGUAAGAAGGAUGACAACAAAUCCGAAGAAAAGAAGGACGAAGCUACAUCUGAUGAAAAGAAGGAAACAGAUACAGAAAAGAAGGAAGAGCCUGCAAAGAAAGGACUUUCUCUUAGCCUUGGUGGAAAACCAGGCCUUUCUUUGAAGUCAAAACCUGAUGAAAAGAAAGAUGGCGAAGAAGCUCCUGCUAAGCCAUCAUUGAAGCUUACAAUACCAAAGAUUGGUGAAAAGAAGGAAGAAUCUUCUGAAAAGAAAGAAGAAAAUGCAGAAAAGAAAGACGAAACAUCAGAUAAGAAGGAAAAUAAACCUGAAACAAAGCCAAAAUUAGGACUUAACUUAUCAUUACCAAAAUUAGGCCAGAAGAAGGACGAAACAACAGCAAACAAAGACGAAUCAUCAGAUAAGAAGGAAAAUAAACCUGAAACAAAGCCAAAAUUAGGACUUAACUUAUCAUUACCAAAAUUAGGCCAGAAGAAGGACGAAACAACAGAAAAGAAAGACGAAACAUCAGAUAAGAAGGAAAAUAAACCUGAAACAAAGCCAAAAUUAGGACUUAACUUAUCAUUACCAAAAUUAGGCCAGAAGAAGGACGAAACAACUGAUAAAAAGGAAGAAUCUGCAGAUAAUAAAAAUGAUAAACCUGAAACAAAGCCAAAACUUGGACUUAAUUUGUCAAUACCAAAAUUAGGACAGAAGAAGGAAGAAAACAAUGACAAGAAAGAAGAAUCAACUGAAAAGAAGGAUGAAAAGUCCGAAACGAAACCAAAAUUAGGAUUUAACUUAUCAAUGCCAAAAUUAGGCCAAAAGAAGGACGAAACUGCUGAAAAGAAGGAUGAAUCAUCAGAUAAGAAAGAAGAGAAGCAAGAAGAGAAGCCAAAACCAGGAUUUAACUUGUCAUUACCAAAAUUAGGUCAGAAGAAAGAAGAAACAACAGAAAACAAAGACGAAAAGCCAAAACCUGGUCUUAACUUGAAAUUCGGACUUAACAAAGGCGAAAAUUCUUCAGAAAAACCGAAAUUAGUACUUAAUUUAUCAAUUCCUAAAGUUGGUCAGAAGAAAGAAGAAGAAAAACCAAAUAAUUUGCAAGUGAGUACUCCUAAACCAGAACAAAACAAAGAAGAGCCGAAAGAAGAAGAAAAACCGAAAUUAGGUGGUCUUAAACUUUCAACACCUAAGAAAGAAGAAACAACAGCUGGAGAACCACCAAAACCAUCAUCAGGGCUUAAUUUGUCAUUGCCAAAAUCAAAUGGUGAUUCCAAAUCAUUAAAUCUUCCAAAAUGGGACUUAAAAGGUAAAGGAUUAGCGAAUGCACUGAAUAAAGUCCAAUCUCCAACUGUUACUUUGAAUAAAGAUGAAGGAGAAAAGCCAAAACAGGGUUUAUCAUUAAAUCUUGGUUUACAGAAAUCAGGAGCAACAACACAACUAUCAAAGAUUGCUGACCAACCAGAAGAAGAGAAGAAAGAAGCAACACAACCUGUCCAAAACAAGCCAGCAUCAGGAAUUUCUCUUGGUCUGAAAACAGGUGGAUUAAAACUCCCUCAACCACCUAAAUUAGCUCCAGCAACAAAUGCAGCAAAAACAGAAGAAGCACCAAAGACUGAUCAAAAAGCUGCAGAAACUAAAACAGAAGGUGAUGAAUGGGAUCAAUUAAAUAAAGCAACAGCAAAAACUGCUGAAACUAAAUCACAACCAUCGAUUGCACUUCCUGCUAAAACAGGAUCAGGAUGGGGACAAGUUUCAAAUGGAUCUCAAUGGUCUUCUGGCGUAAAUGCAAGUAAAUGGGAUGAUAAACCUUCUGCGGCAACAACCAGCUGGGUGUCUAAUCAGAAAAGCAGUGGAAAUGCCGGAUGGCGCAGUACUAAUACUUCUAGUUCUACUCAACAAAGUUGGGGAACGGUUCAACGUGCUACUAACUGGAAAGCAAGCAAUGUACGAAAUCAUGCUGAUAGAAAAAUUUCGAAAGGUUGGGAUAAUAUGGACAAAACAAACCGCAACUACUUUAGCAAAAUUUAA